AUGUCAGUGAGCUUGAGGCGUACAUGCCGGUCACGUCGAAAUGGAUUGAAGUUUGUAGAAGUUGAUGGCCGGUCAGCAGUUGCGCAGGCGAAAGUUACAGAGUACUUUCCUAUCGUACGCCGUGGGAAGUUUUUUGGAAAAAGAACGAAACUAGAAGUUCAAGCUACAGUUGCUGCGAAAGAGCACUUUGAAAUUGCAGCAACGACUGAAAAGUUGGUUCUUAAAUCGGGAAAGGAGCAGAAGGCAGCAACUGAAGAUAAGUACAAAGCUACCAGCGGUGUGAAAGCUUUGGAAGUUGAGAACAGUCCAAGACCAGUCAAACGUCGUCUUCGUUUUGACGGUGAAGAGCCGUUUGGGUUCCAGUAUUUUGCAAGUGUAGGUCGUGGUAAAAUGGGUUUCUUCCUAGCUUUCUUAACAGCUGAAGUUAAGGUUGACAAUGAAGAAGCCGUUCUACUUUCGCCUACCAAAACGGUAAGGCUUCCUGUUAGUCCCGCAAAAUCACCAUUAAAACCUGUUAAAGUGCUGAAAACACCUCAAAAAAUUCAGCCAGAAAACAUUCCCGUGGAAGUAUCAGAAGAAGAAGGAGAACGCAGAAAAGGGUGCUUGGAUUAUGGGCAAGCUUCGUUGUUGAAACCAGAAGUUAAAGAGUGUGCGUCAUACAAAUUGCCAAAAAAAUAUGAGAACUUGUUGAAGCUUUUUGAGUCUGCUGAAAGGGCAAAUUAUAUCGAUGUAUCAAGGAAUUUCACAGUGAAGAAUUUUGCUCAAAUAGUUUUCCUCUACCCACGCGCCUACAGUGUUCGUGUGGAAGAGUGUAAGGCUGAAGAAGUUGGUUGUCAGGGGAGAUUCAAAUAUAUUGUUGAAGCCAAUCUCGUUGAUGAUAUCUGGGAGUACAUGGUAUCCAAAACACCAGUUAAAGGUGCACCUACACCUGUUAUUCAUUCACCGUUGUCCUCACCUAUCAAACUGCACUUGGUAGGCUCACCAAGAAAAACUCCGGUAAAGAUGGCACCGUCAUUGAGGCCUCUAGAGCGCGAUCUGCGUCCUAAGUUAGAAGCCUGGCGUUUGGUAGCUCGGGCUGCGGUCUUCAAGUACCAGCUAAUAGAAUUCAUCAGGGAGAAGAAAAGUAGUUUAUUGGAAGGACUAAAAAAAUUAUCAAGUCCAAUUGAAUUUGAAAGCAGUUGUCAUCCUCAUAGUUUGGAGGGCCUUGAUGAUGAUCUUUUUGAAGACAUACCCGAGGCUACUCUACCAGAAAUUCCUGAGAGUAACAAUAAUUUGUGUAGAAAUGCUAAGAGCUAUCUGCGUAUGGUGAAAGACAAUAGUCUUUUGUCAAAAGUUCAGGACACUAUCGACUUAUUAAGAAGCCCAGACAAAAAGUCAGCCAUCGUGCAAGGACGUGAAAUAUCACUGUCGCCUCGUAAAUUUGCAGCAGAAUGUAAGGAGAAACCGGAUAAUUUGUCUAUCCUCGAAAGGAUAAGAAUGAAGGAGAUGGAAAGAAAGCGAAGGGAAGGUUUGUACGACCCGGUAAAAGAGUCAAGAAGAGCUAACCUACAGGGAUUAUCUUCUUAUCUUUUGCGGUUUUGCCGUUUGUUCACUUUCAAUAAAACUGGCUCGUUACCACUCCCCUUUGUGUGCGAGAAAAUGCGGAGCGGUCUUGGCGUUUGGAGUAAAAGUGAGCAACUUUCUUGCACUAUGAAGAAGCUUGCUGAACUUUUAGUUAUUCUCUAA